AUGACUACGAAGGCGACAAAAGGAACUGGAGCAAAUGCUGGAUUUCAAGCAUUGGUUGAAGCUGAAACUGUUGAUGAAUUUGUGCAUUCGCAAACGACGAGAAAUAGCGAUAAAUAUAAGAAGGAUUUGAAAGAGUUGAAUGAGGAUGAAAAGAAGAUUGAGAGAUUUAUUGCGAAUGGAGAUGUGAGUUUGCGGGGGAGGAAGGGAAAGGUGUUUUUCUAGAUCUCAAAAUUUGAACUAGAAAAUCUACUGUUUCAAAAAUUUGGUAAAUUUAGAGCUCAAAUUGUUCUAUUUUUUAUCUAGCUCUAAAAAUUCAACAAAAAAAACCCACUGUUUCAAAAUUUUCACGAAAAAAAAUCUGUUUGUUGAGAAAAUGUUUGUAAAAAAUGUCAGUAACUAACUUUUUUAGAAAGAAUUUACUAAACCUGCAAAAAAUAUGUUUCAAAAAUUUGGUAAAUUCAAAAAAUUUUAGUUUUUUUCUGCUUUUUUGUAAACACAUAGCUCAAAUUUUGAAAAAAAAAAUUAAUUUUACUUUUUUUAAUUCAAAAAAAUCCACUGUUUCCAAAUUUUCACGAAACUAAUUGUUUGUUUUAAAAAAUGUUUAUUUUUUGAAAAAUUUCAGUAACCAAAUUUUUCAGAAAGAAUUUACUAAACCUGCAAAAAAUAUGUUUCAAAAAUUUGGUAAAUUCAAAAAAUUUUAGUUUUUUCUGCUUUUUUGCAAACAUACUGCUCAAAUUUUGAAAAUCAAAAUUAAUUUUACUUUUUUCUGAAAAUUCAAAACUCUGAUGUUUCAAAAUUUUUACGAAACUAAUUGUUUGUUUUAAAAAAUGUUUAUUUUUUGAAAAAUUUCAGUAACUAAAAUUUUCAGAAAGUAUUUACCAAACCUGCAAAAAAUAUGUUUCAAAAAUUUCAUUUGUAGAAUAUCAUCCUCUUAAAAAAUGAUCCAUGUGCCACUCAAAUUUUAAAUCUGAUUCAAAAAUUGAAUGAAAAAAAUGAGGGUUUUAAAGAAUAAAAUAGAACCUCAAAAUUCUUAUUUUCAGAAAAAUCGCUAUUUGAACAUCGCACGUUAUGAUGAAUAUCUCGAUAUGAAUGACGCUGACUAUUAUGUGCACGCAAACACUUUCAAAACUCCCUAUGGUCGUUUUAUAAUCUCACAAGCCCCUCUUCCAAAUACCCGUGACGAUCAAAUUCAUCUCAUUUGGCUAUACAAUGUUCGAACAAUUGUAGUUUUAACCGAACCCGAAGAAGCUGGCGGUUAUUUUAGUUUGGAAGAAAAUGGUUCGUAUACGGUGUUCUUGCAAUAUAAAAUGACGACUGUCUCAAUUCACGACGAAAAACAAGGAAUAACUGUGUAUCAAUGUGAAUUGAACAACAUCAAGACUAGCGAACAACGUUUCAUCUAUGUGAUUUGUUGUCCAACUGAUGUACACGGCCUGAGAAACACUCGAAUGCAGGCGGUUGCUUUGGAAUAUAUGUGGGCACAUCAGGAGACGUUGGAAAUGGAGGAUGUUCGAAUGACGAGUGUUUUGGUGCAUGGUGAGAGUGGGACGAGAAGAUGUGCGUCGUUUAUUGCGAGUGCUGUGAUGUGUCGACAAAUUUUGGAGACUGGCAAAUUUACGGCCAUGGAGACUUGGGUUGAAUUGAGAAAGAGACGAUGUUGCACGUGUAGAAUGCAUGAUUUUUACUCGUCGUUGAGCACGGUGUUUUGCUUUUGUGCACAGUGUGCAAUUGUGUCGAUGAAUGAUCCAAAGUUUUUGAAGACUAUGGAUGUGAGUUGGGUUUGCGGGGAUGGGCUCUAGGCUCAAGCUUUUUGGGCCAGAAUUUUUUUGGGCGUGGGCUUUGGCCCUUAAGCUUUGCGAGGAAGAUUCUAGGCUUUGGUUUCUUGGAUUCUCGGCUUAUCUCUGGCCUACUGUAGAUCUCGAGGGAUUGCUCAUAUUAGAAUGGCUAAUUUGAAAAUAUUUGAGAUUGCUCAUAUUAGAAUAGUUGAUUUGAAUUUGAAGAAAUUUGGGAUUGCUCAUAUUAGGUAAAGUUUGGGAUUGCUCAUAUAAGAGGGGUUGCUCAUAUUAUACUGGCUAAUUUUUAAAAAUUUAGGAUUGCUCAUGUUAGUUAAAAUUUGUGAUUGCUCAUAUAAGAAUAGGUGAGUUGAAGAAAUUUAGGAUUGAAUAGCUAGUUUCAAAAAUUAUUUAUUUAUUUAACAAAGUUUGGGAUUGCUCACGUUAGCUAAAUCUUUGGAUUGCUCAUAUUAUACUGGUUAAUUUGAAGAAAUUUUGAAAAAGAGAAAUUGCUCACAUUAGGUUAAAUUUAGAAUUGCUCAUAUCAGAAAGGUUGCUCAUAUUACAAGUUAGUUUUAGACUGACUAAUUUAAAGAAAUUUGGGAUUGCUCAUGUUAGCUAAACUUUGGGAUUGCUCAUAUUACCCUGGCUUAUUUAAAGAAAUUAUGGAUUUUUUUGCAGGUUCUCAAAAACUUUUUGGAUCGCGAAAAAGGCCCCGGAGCUCCACCAGCCGGACCACCAGCUCAACACUUUUGA